CAUGCUGUGGUGGUGUUGGACUGUGUGCAGGCGCUGCUGGAGAGGCUGGGGUUCCUCAGGUCUGGCAGUGUGGCACACGGGCUGGUGUGGGAACAGGGAUGGCUCUGCCAGGCAGAAGAUGGUGCCGCAGGGCAAGUCCUGCUGACACUGCUGGGAGCAGGGAGAGAGUCAGGCAGCCCCACGGUUUCUGGGUCUGGAGAAGGCAGAGCAGAGGGGGAGGACUUCUCUGUUUCCAUCUCAGCAGAGCUGUGAAUUUCCCGCUAUAAAUAGUUGCUGUGGAGACUGUGAAUCUACUGCAGGCUGCCAGGCCUGCUGCCAGGGAGGCAGGGAGAGGCCAGCAGUAAAGUGAAUCCACCGCAGCUGUCUGAGGUCUCCUGCUCUCCCAAAGCCAAGGUUGUUCCCAGAAGUGGUGCUGUGAUCUGAUACCCUGCCCUACUCCUCACCACGUCCAUCCAGUGAUGCAGAAGUUCGGUGGGCUCAAGGCCAUCCCUCCUGGGACAGUGCAGACUAAAAUCAGAGCAGGACCAGCUGGUAUCUCACUUUGGGGAGCUCCAGAGCGAGCCAGAUGACAGAGGGAAUGGCCUGUCCUACCCGUGAGCUGCUGCAUGGAAUGAAGCGCUGAAGCUCCCACAGCUCGGUGUCCCACUGCCUCCAUCCCCUUGUGCCAGGAUCUGCCAUGUUCCAGGGCCAUGGAGGAGCAGGUGCAGCAGGAGAUGCCAUCAGCCCAGCACACAGGAGGCCACCAGCCUGUGCAGGAGGGAGAGGUGCUCAACACGCGAUACCAGGUGCUGCACAAGCUGGGAUGUGGCACCUUUGCCACUGUCUGGCUGUGCCAGGACAUGAGGAGGAAGAAGCAGGUAGCUGUGAAGGUUCUGAAAAGCAGGGAAGGCUUUGCUGACACUGCCCAGGAUGAGGUGGCUUUCCUCCGCUGUGUAAGCUGCAUGAAGAAGAAGGACCUGGCAGGAGAAAACAUCGUCUCUUUGUUAGACGACUUCAGAAUGAUUGGAGAGAAUGGUUUCCAUUCUUGCCUGGUAUUUGAGGUGCUGGGUCCUUCCAUUCGAUGUCUGAUGGGAAACUACACAGCCCAGGGACUGCCCUUGCCUUUUGUGAAAAGGUCUUUACAGCAGGUGCUGGCAGGGCUGCAUUUCCUGCACGAGUGCUGCCGCAUCAUCCACGCAGACAUCAAACCAGAGAACAUCCUGCUCCAUGGGCACAGCAAAGGCCUCCAAAGGCUUCUCACGGCUGCACUCGACUGCCACCAGGGAACUGAAGGGAGGCUAAAGGGAGCAGGAGGUGAUCUUGGCAAUCAGUUGGAAGAAUCUGAUUUAAUGAGCAUAGAGGUGAAAAUUGCAGAUCUAGGAAGCGCAUGCUGGACAUACAAGCCUUUUUCCAAGGAGAUACAGACGCAGCCGUACCGGGCCCUGGAAGUGCUCCUUGGAUUAGACUACGGCACUCCUGCGGAUAUCUGGAGUACAGCCUGCCUGGCAUUUGAAAUGGCAACUGGAGAGCGUCUAUUUGAUCCUCAACCUGGGAAAUAUUUCUCCAGAGAUGAUGAUCAUGUUGCUCGUAUUAUUGAACUCUUGGGAAGAAUUCCUCCUCAGAUUGUUUUCUCAUGGAACAAGUCAACAAAAUUUUUCAGCAGGCCAGUUCCUCUCCCUUUGACUCAUGAGUCUUGAAACCCUUCUUUGACCACAAGGCAUCACAUGACUCCACCCUUCUGCAAUUUGGCCUACCAUCCUUCUCUGCUUUCAUGCUCACCAGCCUACCCACAGUUCAUGCAGUGCUUAGUACUGGUCCCAUGCUGGAAUUUAACCAGUACCUCCCUGCAUAUCCACAUCCUUUGCUCACACUUAUGUCUUCUAUGGUUCUUGAAAGAAAUUAGUCAAAACUAGUUCUACAUUCACUGUCCCUGUGAACCACCCUGGCCUGACCACACAUGCCUGACUUGAAUCACUGUAUUUACACCAUGCACUCGCCAGGAUGAGGGUUGCUACACUCUGCUGGGCCCCACAGAGCUGCUUGGCAUGUAACAAAUUCAACAAGAGUCUUGCGAGCUCUGACACUGAAAUAGCAUGAUGCAUCCGGGUGCCUGUGGGCAGGCACAGGGAGCAAGCAGCAAUGGCUCUGGCGUGGUUAUUCUGGGAACACUUUGUGCACUCUUGGCACAUUCUCACCUAAGGAAAGUACUCAGGAACAGAGAGACUCCAAACACCAGCUUGAAAAGGUGGUUCCUGAGAAGCACCCGAAAGCCAAACCUGCAAAGGGGCAGCUCAGGUGGAGCUUACAGAGAUAAUUCCAAGAAGAAGGCAAAGAUCUUUCGGGAUGCCUCGGGUUAAUUCUGAGGCGAGGCGCGGCCGCCUCAGCCGCGCAGGUGUGACUGAGGCGCUGUGCCCACGCUGUUUCUGCCAGGCGCGCUCCUGCGGCUCUCCCGGCUCCUUCCCCGCAGCCUCCCCGGCAUCCUGGCGGACCGGCACGGCUGGAGCCCGCGGGAGGCGGCCGCCUUCGCCGCCUUCCUGCUGCCCGCGCUGCACUACGCGCC